GAAUAACGAGUGAGAGAAAGAAAAAAUAGAGAGAAUUGAGAGAGCUUAGCAAAGCUUAAAAUAGUGAGGUUGAGUUUGUAAACUAGCCUCAGCUAGUAUUGCAGUAUUGUAAUAUUGAGAGUGUCAUUGUGAAGUAUUUUGUUUCGUAUCAAUAAAAAAGUUCGAGUUAUAAAUUACCGAGAGCCCAUCUACGGUUCCAACAUUAAUAAGACCAUCAAAAGGGUUAUUAUCAGUUGACGAGCAUAGUCAAUUGAUCCCAAUUUACAAGUUAAACUUAUAACACUCAAAAGUCUUGCUUAAAGUUAUUUUGAUGAGCUUGUAAAAUGGUUCGGUCUGGUGGAAAUUGUGUGAGUCCAAAAGAAAAGACAACGACUUCAUUCGUCCAGAUUCGAUUUAACUCGGGUCUUAAAUUUGUUCAGAUUUCAGAAUUGUUUGGAAAAAAACUGUAAGAAGAAAAUGAUGCAUUAUCAUCAUGCUGUUCUAUCUAUUUCAGGAACACUUUACUUGUUUCUCUUUCUGUCUUCUUUGUUCCUCGUUGUCUCACAAAACAUGUCCGAAAUGCAGGGGUCAGUAACAUAUCUCCAUGCAAAUUGCUCCAGAAAAUUACAUUAUGCUUAUUUGAGCCGGUUCGAGGUUAACCUUGAUCGUCUUCUCGUCCAGAAACUUUACGAUCUAGGAAGUAGUCAUGGUUUCUUUAACGACACGGAAGGGGAAGAUCCAGACAAGGUGUAUGGCCUUUUCCUCUGCAGAGGUGACGUUCAACUUGAUAUGUGCCAAAGCUGCAUCAGCACAGCUCGCACCGAGUUCCGAAGGCAGUGCAACAACAAAAAGGAAGCCAUCAUAUGUGCUCCAGAUAGCGGAAUUCGACGGAUUCAGAAAGAAUCUGAAUGAGACUUUUGACCAUCUGACUAGAAUGAUACCAAAUGUUUCUAGGAACAUGUAUGCAACUAAAGAAACUGAGGUUUCAAGUUACCUAAAGCUGUAUGGACUUGUUCAAUGCACCCCUGAUUUAACAGUUCCAGAUUGCCAAUCAUGUUUACGUACUGCAAUUGCUCAAAUUCCAAACACUUUUGGUGUAAAAAAAAGUGGGAGUGGGAGAGUUCUUACACCAAGCUGUAAUAUCAGGUACGAGACAUAUCCGUUUUAUGGAGAACCUCGAUACGAAUCACCAGAGACCAGUAUAAAUGAGGGACAAGGAGUUGAACCUGAAGCACCCUUUUCUUCGGAAAUCGAAACAAGUGGAACCGACGGCCAAACGAAAUGGAUUGCUAUGGGAGUAACGGUUUUUGGAGUAAACCUCAUCUUUUCUGGAGGUGUCUUCCUUUGGAGGAGGAGAUAUUUUCAAGAGAACGAGGAUGGUAACAGCCAAGAUAUCAAGCUAAUUGAAUUAGACGGAGGAGUACGCAACGACUACUCGAAUGAAAAUCUCCAUGUCGAGACAGGGGUGAGAUCUCAGGAGUUUCCUUCUAUUCAGUUGGGUAUUUUACAAGCAGCAACCAGACACUUCUGUGAAGAAAAUAAACUCGGAGAAGGUGGAUUCGGCCCUGUUUACAAGGGUAUACUGCCAGAUGGUAAAGAAAUUGCUGUUAAGAGGCUCUCUAAAAGUUCUGGCCAAGGGCUGAUUGAGUUCAAGAAUGAAGUCUUGUCGAUUGCCAAAUUACAACAUAGGAAUCUCGUGAGACUCCUCGGCUGUUGCUUGGAGCAAAACGAAAAGUUGCUUGUCUAUGAAUUCAUGCCCAACAAAAGCCUUGAUGUGUUCCUAUUUGAUUCAACUUCCGGUCUGCUACUGGAUUGGCAGAAGCGACUUAGCAUAAUUAAUGGCAUUGCUCGAGGCAUUCUGUAUUUACACGAGGACUCUCGUCUUCGAAUUAUUCACCGCGAUCUUAAAGCUAGCAAUGUUUUGUUAGAUAAUGAGAUGAAACCCAAGAUAUCGGAUUUCGGGAUGGCAAGAAGUUUUGGUGGAAAUCAAAGCACAGACUAUACAGACAGAGUGGUCGGAACAUACGGAUACAUGGCACCGGAGUAUGCAAUGGAAGGCAUUUUCUCUGUGAAAUCCGAUGUUUUCAGUUUUGGAGUCCUCAUGCUGGAGAUAAUCAGCGGCAAAAGAAACAGUGGGUUUCAUCUUUGGGAGCCUGGUGAAAGCCUCUUAACCUUUGUAUGGAAACUAUGGUCUAAAGGUAAAGGAAUGGAAGUAAUGGAUCCGUUGCUUGUUGAGUCGUGCAUGGCCACUCGGGUGCUCCGAUGCAUCCAUAUUGGGCUGUUGUGCGUGCAAGAAGACCCUGCAGAUAGACCAACUAUGUCGUCUGUGAUUCUCAUGUUGGGAAGUGAGACCAUAUCACUUCCUCGACCAGCAUUGCCUGCAUUUUCUGUCGGGCGUGUUGUCGCAGAACCCACUUCAAAGGAUAGAAUAUGUUCCAUUAAUGAAGUCACAAUUUCAAAUUUGUCACCUCGUUGAUUGAUUAGCUGCUGUUAGUGUAAUUCCUGCAGGCCAGUCGACAUUUGCUCGUGAACGCUGAAUAUUGUUCGAUUGUAUAA